UGGUGGGAAGCCCUGUCUGCUGGUUCGGCCGAAGCGCCUCCGCCCGGAUCGCCCCCGGGCUUCCCUGGGCCACACCGCCAUGGCUGGCCCGGGUCCGGGCGCGGCGCUAGAGUCCCCGCGACAGCUGCUGGGCCGUGUACGCUUUCUGGCGGAGGCAGCGAAGAGCCUCCGUGCCGGGCGGCCGCUGCCGGCGGCGCUAGCUUUUGUGCCCCGCGAGGUGCUCUACAAGCUUUACAAGGACCCGGCGGGACCGUCGCGCGUGCUGCUGCCGGUGUGGGAGGCGGAAGGCCUGGGGCUGCGUGUGGGAGCCACGGGCCCGGCCCCCGGUACCGGCUCCGGGGCCCUCCGCGCGGCCCGCGACAGCAUCGAGCUGCGGCGCGGCGCCUGCGUGCGCACCACAGGCGAAGAGCUGUGCAACGGCCACGGGCUCUGGGUGAAGCUGACCAAGGAGCAGCUGGCGGAACACCUGGGCGACUGCGGGCUGGAUGAAGGCUGGCUCCUGGUGUGCCGCCCGGCCGAGGGCGGGGCCCGCCUGGUACCCAUCGACACUCCAGACCACCUCCAGCGGCAGCAGCAGCUCUUCGGAGUGGACUACCGCCCGGUGCUCAGAUGGGAACAGGUGGUGGACUUGACAUACUCGCAUCGCCUGGGAUCAAGGCCUCAGCCGGCCGAGGCAUACACUGAAGCUGUACAAAGGCUACUCUAUGUGCCCCCGACGUGGACCUACGAGUGCGACGAGGACCUGAUCCACUUCUUGUACGACCACCUGGGCAAGGAGGAUGAGAACCUGGGUAGCGUGAAGCAGUAUGUGGAGAGCAUAGACGUUUCCUCCUACACGGAGGAGUUCAAUGUGUCCUGCCUGACAGACAGCAACGCGGACACCUACUGGGAGAGCGAUGGGUCCCAGUGCCAGCACUGGGUACGGCUGACCAUGAAAAAGGGCACCAUUGUCAAGAAACUACUACUCACAGUGGAUACCACAGAUGACAACUUUAUGCCUAAGCGGGUGGUGGUCUAUGGGGGUGAAGGGGACAACCUGAAGAAGCUGAGUGACGUGAGCAUUGACGAGACCCUGAUCGGGGACGUCUGUGUCCUGGAGGACAUGACUGUCCACCUCCCAAUCAUCGAGAUCCGCAUCGUCGAGUGCCGAGAUGACGGGAUUGAUGUGCGUCUUCGAGGGGUCAAGAUCAAGUCUUCUAGACAGCGAGAAUUAGGGCUAAAUGCAGACCUGUUUCAGCCCACCAAUCUCGUGCGAUACCCACGCCUAGAAGGCACUGACCCGGAAGUACUGUACCGCAGAGCUGUUCUCCUGCAGAGAUUCAUAAAGAUCUUAGACAGCGUCCUGCACCACCUGGUACCGGCCUGGGACCACACGCUGGGCACCUUUAGUGAGAUUAAGCAAGUGAAGCAGUUCCUGCUGCUGUCACGCCAGCGGCCAGGCCUGGUGGCCCAGUGCCUGCGUGACUCAGAGAGCAGCAAGCCCAGCUUCAUGCCACGUCUGUACAUCAACCGGCGCCUUGCCAUGGAACACCGUGCCUGCCCCUUACGGGAUCCCGCGUGCAAGAACGCUGUCUUCACCCAGGUUUACGAAGGCCUCAAGCCCUCUGACAAGUAUGAAAAGCCCCUGGACUACAGGUGGCCCAUGCGCUAUGACCAGUGGUGGGAGUGUAAAUUCAUUGCAGAAGGCAUCAUUGACCAAGGAGGUGGUUUCCGGGACAGCUUGGCAGACAUGUCAGAAGAACUGUGCCCUAGCUCGGCGGACACCCCUGUGCCUCUGCCCUUCUUUGUACGAACGGCCAACCAGGCCAUGCUGACAGCUCUGUCUCGGGGGCAGGGCAACGGCACAGGCGAGGCCCGGGACAUGUAUGUGCCCAACCCCUCCUGCCGGGACUUUGCCAAGUAUGAGUGGAUUGGACAGCUGAUGGGGGCUGCCCUUCGGGGUAAGGAGUUCCUGGUCCUGGCUCUACCGGGUUUCGUGUGGAAGCAGCUCUCUGGUGAGGAGGUGAGCUGGAGCAAGGACUUCCCAGCUGUGGACUCUGUGCUGGUGAAGCUCUUGGAAGUGAUGGAAGGAAUGGACAAGGAGACAUUUGAGUUCAAAUUUGGGAAGGAGCUAACAUUCACCACUGUGCUGAGUGACCAGCAGGUGGUGGAGCUGAUCCCUGGGGGUUCAGGCAUCGUGGUGGGAUAUGAGGACCGUUCCCGUUUCAUCCAACUGGUGCAGAAGGCACGGCUAGAAGAGAGCAAGGAGCAGGUGGCAGCCAUGCAGGCAGGUCUGCUGAAGGUGGUGCCGCAGGCUGUGCUGGACUUGCUGACGUGGCAAGAAUUGGAGAAGAAGGUGUGCGGGGACCCAGAGGUCACUGUGGAUGCCCUGCGCAAGCUCACCCGGUUUGAGGACUUCGAGCCAUCUGACACGCGGGUGCAGUACUUCUGGGAGGCACUGAACAACUUCACCAACGAGGACCGGAGCCGCUUCCUGCGCUUUGUCACUGGCCGCAGCCGUCUGCCGGCACGGAUCUACAUCUACCCAGACAAGCUGGGCUAUGAGACCACAGAUGCGCUGCCCGAGUCUUCCACCUGCUCCAGCACCCUCUUCCUGCCGCACUAUGCCAGCGCCAAGGUGUGUGAGGAGAAGCUCCGAUACGCUGCCUACAACUGUGUGGCCAUUGACACCGACAUGAGCCCUUGGGAGGAGUGAGUCGGCGCCAGGGGGCAGUCGCGGGCCUGCAGGAUUGCGCCUGCGCCGGUCCCGUGCGGUCUCCCCCUGAGCACCCAGGGCAGACAGCUUCCCUGGACCAGCGCAGUCUGAGCAGAAAACGCCAGUGCACUGCACCCCUGGGUGCGGCUGAAGUGGGAGCAGCGGGUUGACACUGGUGGCCCAGCCCCACAGACCCUCAAGCCCUACACGUGCUCGGGUUUGCUUCUAGAGCUAUUUCACCUCUUGUGAGAGGAAUCUUCCACAAGCCCAGCACAAGCUGCCAGGCCUGAGCUACUUGAAGGGGGCCUUCUUCUAGCUCCCCACCUCAUGGACUUUGUUUCAGUUUUUGACUCCUUUUUUUUUUUCUCCAUAUUUUUCUCUGGUUUCAGCCAAGACUAAAACUUUGUGGGGGCGGGGAAGGGGGACGGAGGCUCCUACCCCAACAAGUCUCCAGGGAUGGAUAGGGAGUGAUAGCCAUCCUCCUUGGUCACCUGAAUCAAGAAUAAAGCAACAACUGAACACCCUC